ACCGAGCCGAGCCGAGCCCGGCCCAGCAGAGCCGGACCGAGCUGAGCCGAGCCGAGCCGGGCUCUCCCGCCGCCCGGCCGGCUGUUGACAAGCGGCGGCGGGAGACAGCGCGCUCGUCCCCAUGUGGCGGACGCUGGCCCUCGCCUCCGCCUUCUUCCCGGGGCUCUUCAUCCUCUGCAUCCGGUUGCUGCGCUGGGCCGCCCCGGGAUUGAGCCUCAAGGACCGCAUCCUCCUCAGCGGCAGGCUGGUAUCAACGGUCCAAGCCACGAUGGCAACGGUGUCGGGGAUCACGGUUAUGCUCAGCUGCAAGAACGUGGUGCACGACAGGCACUGGCUGGCUGUGGAGUAUGUCUGGGUCCUGGUUCCCUACAUGACCUAUGACAUCUAUGUCAUGUACCUCUGCCACUGGCACAAGAGCCAGGAGAAGAGGAUCCUGGAGAAGAAGCACUCGCUGGCCAGCGUGUGGAGCUUCCUCCUGCAGGAACGGCUGAUGGUGACCCACCACCUCUUCAUCCUCAUCGUGCUCACCCCCAUCACCCAGCACUUCAGGGGAGAGCUGGGGGACUUCUUUGUGGGCUGCAUCUUCACAGCAGAGCUGAGCACGCCUUUUGUUUCACUGGGCAAAAUCCUCAUGCAGCUCAAAAUGCAGGACACGCUCCUGCACAAGGUGAACGGGAUCCUCGUCCUGGUGACCUUCUUCAUGUGCCGCAUCCUCCUCUUCCCCUUCAUGUACGCGGCCUACGGCCGCCAGGUGGGGAUCCCGGUGUACCUGGUGCCGUUCCGCAUCCCCCUGCACUGCAACAUCGCCAACGCCUCUCUCAUCGCCCCCCAGCUCUACUGGUUCACGCUCAUCUGCCGCAAGGCCGCCCGGCUCUACAGCGGCUCUCCCGCCCACCGGAGCAGAUAACGGAGCUGAUAAGGGCAGGGGCUGGCACGGGGCAGCCCCCGGCGCGUCCCUCGGGAGCGGCGGCUCCGCUGGAAGCGCCUCCCGUCCGCAGCACGGCCGGGGCUUGGAGGGCUCUCCUCGUGUCCUCCUGCCGGGGGGGGAGCCGGCCUGGAAGCGCCACAUUCCUGCUGGGAUGCAGCUCUGCGGAGCGAGGGUUACACGAGAGGGGUUUGUUCCAGCCCCCCCGGCGCUGACACCGGACACCGGCGCGGAGAUGCUGGAGCGGGCCCAGCCCCGGCAGCGGCCAUGGGGAGCCUGUGCCGGACCUGCCGCGGCCCCAGCCAGGCCUGGAGCUGCAGCACAGCUCUGCAGAGCCCUUCCUGACCUUUUCUGACCUCAGCUCUACACUACAGCCCUGUUCGGCCUCUGGCCUCCCACGUUCAACCUCACCUCCUCCUCCUGCUGCUGCUGGGCUCAAGCUCCACUCAACCCCACCCGGUGCUUUUGGGUGCUUUUCACUACAAACCUCUGACAGUCCUGGGGGACUCCUGUGCUCCCAGCAGGCCUGGAGGGCAGAAGCUCGUGCCAGGACAGGAGAAUGGUUCUGCUGUCUCAGAGCAGGAUGGGGACAGGAGCCUGCCAAGUCCUCGUCUCACCACCAACACACAGAGCACUAUGCAGAGCCCUUCCUUGGCAGGGGGUGCAAUUUUCCCUCCCCUAACCACAGCUGCUCUUAUCUGGCCUGCAUCCCCUCAGCAGGUAUUUAAAUACCACCUGGCACGCCCUGCCCUGCUCUGCCCUGCAGCUGGCACCACCACACCCUGGAAACACCUGCACAGUCCAUCCCUCCAGCCCCAUCCCACCCCCGUGAGGCUGCCAGGGACACAACUGGGGCUGCACAGAAGGAACCAGCAACCUCAGAGCAGGAUGCUGAGCUGGUCCUUGGCCAGCUCAGCCCAUUUCCACUUUUAGUGACAGCAAAAUGGGUACAGGCUCCCCAGCCUGCCCUGCACCACAGGAUGUGUGCAAUCAGACCACAGCUGAGUUCAUCCCCUGCAGCCAGGACAGCCACCUCCUCCUGCAGCCUCCUGUGCCUGCUCCAGGCAGGGAACUGCACUGGCACAGCCCCCACAGCCCCCAUGCCCAGAGACCUGUGACCACUCUGUGCCUUUCAUUCUGUCUGAAAGCAGCAGCCAAGCUCCGCGAAACCUGGAUCUUUUGAGUGUUGGAUCUCGUCCCAACCACAGCUGCCGUUCUGGAUACAGUGUAAAAAAACAAAAAGGGCCUCUUCCGACCUGUGGUUGUUGUUGCAGAGACUCCACAGUCACAGUAACCACCGAGACCAGCUGAUGUUACAAACUCCUGCAACUCCUUACAGAUGUUGUAUCUCACUGUUUUCAUUGCGAAUAACGUGCCUUAUGUAAGGACCAAAAAAACCCCAGCCAAUGAGGCACCUCAGUUUGCACUAACACUGCCCUAUUUACUAUCACGAGACCAAUAAAGAUUUCCUCUCUGAGUCACACCACUGGCUGGCUCUUCCACGUGCUGUUCAUUGCUGGGUGGGGGCGUUACAUGUGGGGUUAC